CAUCGUUCUGUCUGCAGGGAAUCUGACUGAAAUGUAGGUUAAGCGCGCGCGUUGGGGAUAUUUUAGGCGCUUAAAGCGAUCGAAGCGCGAUGCAGAGCUGAGAGUCUCGUGGAGCUUUCUUGUCCUCGCGCGCAAUGCACGCGGCCUGGCCAUGAAACGCUGAGAGAGAGAGAGAGAGAGAGAGAUGUAUGGUUGCUGCUCGUGUUGGAGGCUCGUGCUGCAGUGAGUGAGUGAGGCGGAGGAUGGCAUGGAGUGACAGUGGGCAGCGCGAGGUCCAAUCGGUGGCACCAGGGCAUCUUCAUACGCGCAGAGGGGUGAGGACGUAUCUAUGUGUGUUGUCUCAGUUGGGGUGUCUGAGGUCAGACUGACUGCAGGAGGAGUUGUGGAUGUUGAUGAAAGUGUUCAGUGAUCUUGGACCGGAGCAGCUCCGCCCAUGAGCAGUGAGGCGAGCCUGCUGUUGGCCGGAAUCGUUAUCGGCCUCGUGCUCAUCAUCUCCUGUAUCACCAUCAUCAUCGGCAAGCUGAGGAAGGGCAACCACAAGAGGAACCCAAACCUGCGCUCCAGCAGUCUCGUUGGAGACCGUUACUUCGUGGGCUCAAAUGGGGAACUGAGGCCCAUCCGUCCUGAUGAUUCUCGCACCGCGUCUGACUGGGACUCCUACAUGGAGACGGUUUCCCAGAACAGCGACACGUGUCCGGACUCUCCACCUCGAUAUGACGAGUGCGUGGAACAGAACACCCCUCCGACGUACGACCCCACAGAGGCUCCUCCGCCGUACUCCCUCACCGACCCAUGCCGGUGGGAUCGAACGCCCUCCCCUCCCUUCUACGAGCUGCAGAUGGCGCUCUCGUCAGAUGCUUCAGCUUAUCCGAUCAGACAGUGGGACUUCAGAGAUUGGUCAAUCGCGUCCAUCUCUCCCUCUCCGCUACCCCUGGAGGAGGCGCCCCCCUACGAGGCCGUGGCAGUGGGCAGCCCCAGCGCCACAGACAGACCCUGGACGACCCCUGAACCCCCUCAGGCUGUGUCCUUCCCUGAGACGCUUCCCUGCAAUAUUUAG